CUUUUGAGGUAGAGUCAGGGUGGGGAAAACCAUUAAUCUGUUUUCCAAACAAGUUUUCAUAAAUAACUGACAGGAGAUGGGCUGUUUUUAUGGAAGUAUUAACCCAAAUGAUGGGUGUUAAUCAUUAAACCUUUUAGGUGGUGGCUCGCUUGUUUCUCUGAUAUUCUAAUCCGGGUCACAGAAUGGCUAAGGCAGAUUUAAGUGCAGCGUAGAUUUUUUUUUUCCUCACUUUGCCUUGUGUUUUCCACCCUGAAAGAAUGUUGUGGCUGCUCUUUUUUCUGGUGACUGCUAUUCAUGCUGAACUCUGUCAACCAGGUGCAGCAAAUGCUUUUAAAGUGAGACUUAGUAUCAGAACAGCUCUGGGAAAUAAAGCAUAUGCCUGGGAUACCAGUGAAGAAUAUCUGUUCAAAGCGAUGGUAGCUUUCUCCAUGAGAAAAGUUCCCAACAGAGAAGCAACAGAAAUUUCCCAUGUCCUACUUUGCAAUGUAACCCAAAGGGUAUCAUUCUGGUUUGUGGUUACAGACCCUUCGAAAAAUCACACCCUUCCUGCUGUUGAGGUGCAAACAGCCAUAAGAAUGAACAAGAACCGGAUCAACGGUGCUUUCUUUCUAAAUGACCAAACUCUGGAAUUUUUGAAAAUCCCUUCCACACUUGCACCACCCAUGGACCCAUCUGUGCCCAUCUGGAUUAUUAUAUUUGGUGUGAUAUUUUGCAUCGUCAUAGUUGCAAUUACACUACUGAUUUUAUCAGGGAUCCGGCAACGUAGAAGAAAGAACAAAGAACCAUCUGAAGUGGAUGACGCUGAAGAUAAGUGUGAAAACAUGAACACAAUUGAAAAUGGCAUCCCCUGUGAUCCCCUGGACAUGAAGGGAGGGCACAUUAAUGAUGCCUUCAUGACAGAGGAUGAGAGGCUCACCCCUCUCUGAAGGGCUGUUGUUCUGCUUCCUCAAGAAAUUAAACAUUUGUUUCUGUGUGACUGCUGAGCAUCCUGAAAUACCAAGAGCAGAUCAUAUAUUUUGUUUCACCAUUCUUCUUUUGUAAUAAAUUUUGAAUGUGCUUGAAACUGAAAAGCAAUCAAUUAUACCCACAAACACCACUGAAAUCAUAAGCUAUUGACGACUCAAAAUAUUCUAAAAUAUUUUUCUGACAAUAUAGUGUAUAAAUGUGGUCAUGUGGUAUUUGUAGUUAUUGAUUUAAGCAUUUUUAGAAAUAAAAUCAGGACUAUAUAUAUAUUUUCACACUUCAAAGACCUAAGGAAAAAUAAAUUUUCCAGUGGAGAAUACAUAUAACAUGGUGUAGAAAUCAUUGAAAAUGGAUCCUUUUUGAUGAUCACUUAUAUCACUCUGCAUAUGACUAAGUAAACAAAAGUGAGAAGUAAUUAUUGUAAAUGGAUGGCUAAAAAUGAAAGUAUUGAUAUACAGGGUAGAAUUUUAUCCUGUUAUCACACCAACAGUUGCUUAUAUAUUUUCUGAAUAUCAGCCCCUAAUAGGAUAAUUCUAUUUGUUGACCAUUUCUACAAUUUGUAAAAGUCCAAUCUGUGCUAACUUAAUAAAGUAAUAAUCAUCUCUUUUUGAUUGU